AUGGCGGUGUUUGGUGUUGUCGGCGUGGCGGUUGACGCCUCGGAUAAUGACGAAAUGAAGACAGACGAUCUCGCCCGGACCACGUGCCGCGGCGGCUCCGGUUGA